UCGCUGCCAAAACUUGGAUGGUUCCUUUCGGUGUACAUGUCCGGUAGGCUUACAACUCGCCGAAGACGGCAGGACAUGCAAACUGACUCAAUGUCCGGUGGGGCUGUUCGGUCAGAAGUGUGAGCACUCGUGUCGUGCAUGCAAACAUGGCACGUGUGAUUCCGGCGCCAAAAUAUGUCGCUGUCAGCCAGGAUACGUCGGAAAUUUUUGCGACGCCAAGUGUCCCCAGGGUAUGUUCGGCAUUGACUGCAAGGAGAAAUGCCUCUGCAACGCAUCUGCACUGUGCAAUCACAAGACAGGCCGCUGCAGCUGUGCGCCCAACGGAAACGGCAAGCAUCCGCUGUCACGACGUGUGUCCUUACGGACGUUUCGGUGACAGGUGCGAGCGCCUGUGUCCCGACGACUGCCCGAGCGGCCGUUGUCACCGACGUUUCGGCUACUGCGAGUGUCCUCCCGCCAGCCACGGCCGAUUCUGCAACCUCCCAUGCACACCCUUCACCUUCGGACCCAGCUGUGCCAGGGCAUGCAAGUGCGACCAGGCCAACUCUCUGCGGUGCGACCCUGUGAGCGGGGAGUGUGUGUGCCAAGAUGGGUUCACAGGAAGCAAGUGCAACCACCCUUGCCCGAAGGGGACGUGGGGCGCCAAGUGUGCCCACAGGUGCAAUUGCUCCAGCUGCGAUUCCGUCACCGGAGAGUGCAAGCUGCCUGCUGCGGACUGCGAACGGUCCGGAGAAUGCAGCCGAGCAUCCUUUCAAGAGCUGUUUGCGGGAGGAAAUACCCCGACGGAGACCACGUUGGAAGCUUUGAUCGCUGUCCCAAUCGCUUUCAAGCCCCACUGCCGUUGCCAGCACGGAGCCAUCUGUUCUCAGGUCGACGGCACGUGUCACUGCAGCCCGGGUUUCCAGGGUCGCCACUGUGAAUUAGUCUGCCCGGAAGGCUUCUUCGGGGAGGGCUGUGCCCACAGGUGCAACUGCAGGCCCUGGGAACCCUGCGACCACGUGACGGGAGCCUGCCGUUGCCAGCCGGGCAAAGAAGGGCCAAGUUGCGAGCACAGGUGUAACGACGGCUGGUACGGCCCCGGAAUGUUCGCAGCGGUGCAGUUGUCCCGCCGGGACCCGCUGUCACCACGAGAGCGGAGGAAUGCCUGUGUCGUCCCGGCUUCAAAGGAAAACAGUGCAACGAAGCUUGUCCCAUUGGCUCAUAUGGAACAGACUGCAAACGGAAGUGCAUCUGCAAACACGGACAUUGCGACCUUGCAUCCGGAAAAUGCGACUGUUUCCCUGGGUAUACCGGAAGCAUCUGUGACGAAGAUUGCCCUGACGGUAGUUUUGGAAAGUACUGCAACAGCUCCUGCAACUGCCAGAACGGCGGCGUUUGCAACUCCACCGACGGCAGUUGUCAAUGUCCUCCGGGCGUCACCGGAAGGCGUUGCGAAAAAGGCAUUUGGGUUGUUGGCGCCACUUUCAGAGUGCCCACCCGGCACGUAUGGUCCCGGAUGCUCCUUGAACUGCUCCUGUUCUCACGGUCACUGCGACUCGAAGACGGGAGCGUGUCUCUGCUCGCCUGGCUUUCGAGGAUCGAGGUGCGACAAGGAGUGCUCCAAUGGCGACUACGGUCCAGGCUGUUCUCUCAAAUGCGAGUGCCAAAACAACGCGUCUUGCGACUCCGUGACCGGAAGGUGCAAGUGCAAGCCGGGAUUCACGGGACCAACUUGCUCGAGAGAAUGCCCGAAGGGCACUUUCGGGGAUUACUGCGUGAUGAACUGUCACUGCCAAAACGGAGAACGCUGCGACCCAAAUACAGGGCUGUGCAGCUGCGCUGACGGCUUUCUGGGUGAAUCUUGUGAACAAGCGUGCGAUCAGGGCUGGUACGGCAAGCACUGUGCGCGUCGGUGCUCUUGCAGUGGCCACGGCUGCGACGGCGUGACGGGGAAAUGCCGGUGUCCCCCUGGGCGAGUUGGUCGUCACUGCGAGAAAGAUACUCUGCACCAAGGACCAACAUUAACGCAAGGUUGA